CUCCACCCGUUCGUCCAACAUCUGGAAACGACGCAACAUAAAAAACUGCCUAUAACAAUAACUAAAGAAUAUCUACGCUAAAUUGUUGAAUAUUAGGUUAAAACUCUCACAUUCUAAUACCACGUUCAUGAGCAAUGGCAGAGCAACUUGGUACCAUAAGAAGAAAGUUUAUUGAAUCGGUGUCCAAAGCAGUGAUCAGUGAGCUUCUGGACGGCCUUUUAGAGGAUGGCGUCUUGAAUGAUGGAGAGAAAGACUCUAUACUUGAGGAGAACUGUGGCAGAGCAGACAGAGCACGAACUCUCAUCGACACCGUGAAGAGGAAAGGAGAUGCAGCCAGUAAAAAGAUGAUCGUUUACCUUCAACAGACCGAUCCAACACUUUACUCGGAACUGGGUCUGUCCCCACCUGUCUGAGCCUCCAUCAGUGGUGAACUUUGACCUGCCGUUAUUGUUGUACUUUGACCUGUGUUUAUUACGCAUAUACAGAACUACUUGUAUUAUUAAGCUCGGUGACAGGUGUAAUUUAGAUAAUGUUUUUUUUUAAUUCAUACAUAAAUAAUGUAUGUGAAUUUGUCUUAAAAAAUUAAAACUAUUGCAACCUG